GACAAGCUGCUUGGAUGACGCGGAAGAGCUGAGUAUUAUUUAUACGGGUGUGUAGCUGUGGCUACCAACAGAGCUAACGCAGAUGUAUUUCCUCCACACCGACCCACAGGCAGGUGAUGAGAGCUGAAGGCUUUAGCUGAUUUUUAGGAGAUAAUGGAGGAGGACUGCAGGCCUCUGCUGAGCUCAGAGCCCACUGGUGAGAGUUACUCCCACAGAGGCUCCACUGGCUCACUGGACAUCAGAACUAAAAGGCCUUUCUAUGUGGAGCCCAGGAACAUUGUAAGUGAUGACCUGCAGGAGAGAAUCUCUGCAGAGGCUGCCAUCCUUAACAGUAGAGUCCAUUACUACAGCAGACUGACAGGCUCCUCUGACACAGUGCUGAGUCCUCCAAACCAUGUAAUCCCCACAGCAGAGGAGAUCUACAUUUACAGUCCCCUGGGGACAGCUUUUAAGGUGCCAGACAGCGUCCAGGCUUCUAAAAAUCCCAGUAUUGUCACCAUCUUUGCCAUAUGGAACACCAUGAUGGGUACAUCCAUACUCAGUAUACCAUGGGGUAUUAAGCAGGCUGGUUUCACUAUGGGGAUCAUCAUCCUUAUCUUCACUGGCCUGCUAAUGCUGUACUGCUGUUACAUUGUCAUCAAAUCACCAAAGGCAAUAAAGGUUGAGGACACUUCCAACUGGGAAUUCCCGGAUGUUUGUAGGUUCUACUUUGGAAAGUUUGGCCAGUGGUCCAGCUUGUUCUUCUCCAUGGUGUCCCUUGUUGGAGCCAUGGUGGUCUACUGGGUCCUCAUGUCCAACUUCCUCUACAACACUGGGCAGUUCAUGUAUAACCAUGCUAACAAUGUCAACACAUCCGAUUCAGAGUUUGGAACCAAUGGCUCUGAAAGAGUCAUCUGCCCAUACCCCAAAACUAACCCUGGAAGAAAUGACACCACGAGCACGCUGUGUCAAAUCACCAUUGGGAAUGAUACGUCGGGGAGCAGCUUUGAGCACUACUGGAGUAAAACCAACACCAUCCCUCUCUACCUCAUCAUCCUGCUGCUGCCACUGCUCUGCUUUCGCUCAGCCUCGUUCUUUGCAAGGUUUACUUUCUUUGGCACCAUAUCAGUUGUUUACCUGAUUGUGCUGGUCACAAUCAAAGCUGCCCACCUUGGGUUCCACCUAGAGUUCCACUGGCUUGAUCCAUCUCAGUUCUAUGUUCCAGAAUUCAGGCUGCUUUUUCCUCAGCUGACUGGUGUCCUCACUCUGGCCUUCUUCAUUCACAACUGUAUCAUCACACUGAUGAAGAGUAACAAAAAACAAGAAAACAAUGUAAGGGACCUGUCUUUGGCUUAUCUUCUCGUUGGAGGGACUUAUAUGUAUGUGGGGGUGUUGAUCUUUGCUGCCUUUCCCUCACCUCCUCUCUCCAAAGACUGUAUUGAACCAAACUUCUUAGAUAACUUCUCCAGCAGUGAUGUGUUGGUAUUUGUGGCUCGCGUAUGCUUGCUAUUCCAAAUGAUUACGGUCUACCCUCUGUUGGGUUACUUGGUACGAGUGCAAAUUAUGGGUCAGUUGUUUGGAAAUCAUUAUCCCAGUUUCCUUCACAUUCUUGUGCUGAAUAUUGCCAUUGUUGGAGCUGGAGUUCUGAUGGCCAUGUUUUAUCCCAACAUUGGAUCUAUUAUACGAUUUUCUGGAGCAAUUUGUGGACUGGCUUUAGUGUUUUUACUUCCUGCUUUAGUCCACAUGAUCUCCCUGAAGCAGCAGGGGAAACUCACCUGGCUGUCCAUUGUUUUCCACAGUUUCCUCAUCCUACUGGGUGUGGCCAACCUGCUUGCUCAGUUCUUUAUGUAAGAAACAACCAGCCAAAAAUUCAAAAAUGAUAAAAACUAAUAGACAACCAGCUUGUACCAUCUCAAACCCUGUGCACAUGACAACAUUUUUUGUUGAAAAGGGAAAAGUUUUAUUGUGUUUUUACUGUUCAUGUAAACCACAACGGCGUGUUUUCUCUGAAAAUGGGUUCCAGAGUGUAACGUUUUGAAAACGUCCCACUCUUUGUUGUUAUGUACACCAGAAAACGGAAUCUUCCUCUAUGGGGAAGCCCUGGCUCAUGUGCAGUAUGACUGCAAUCAAUGCGCAUGCACAGCAUAACGGAUGCCAACCAGUUUAAACUUACCCACAGUAGAAAAUAUUAACAAUAACAAUGAUGGAUUGCAAAAUACAUAUUGGGCUGCUGACCCUUCUAAAUGUAUAAUGACAGGAUGGUUCUGCAACAAAGUCCUCAUUUUCUACCCUGUUUUCUAAGCAGGGAAUGUUUGUACACAUGCACAUAUUGAGUUUUGACGAACAUACAACCUAAUAGUAGCAUGGCAGGAAAAUUACACUGUUUUUACCAUAUCUACUAGUUUGGUGUACACGGAAAUCGCAAUUAAAAUGUUAUGUUGAUGUGUUAACAGAAACAGAAAAACAAUCUUGUUUUCAAUUGAUCUUUGUCGUGUGCACAGGGCCUGAAAGUGGUAUGGUCUGAAUAUCUGCAAAGCAGGCUCCAAACCUUUACCAAGUAUAUAUUUAUUUCAAGACAUCCUUCAUGUUAAAAUUCAUUUAUAAUCAUGACUUGUUUUGACAUACAAUGAAUAAAAGAAGUGCUGAACACUGCACCAUUUUUUUCAGCUCAAAUGUUUCUAAAGACGCCAUUGACAUAAAGUUUGUGCCAGAUGUGAGCAACAGCCCAAGUAAUCCAUGUUUACAAAGUUAUUAAAGCAAAGUAGUCUUUUUCUUAGGUUAACGUUUAUGAAGUGGAAUGGUGCAGGGAAUACGUAUUUAACACAAGCAGAAAGGGAUGUGCAAAGAGGCAUAGAAAUCCAAGAAUUCAGCUGAAAUCUGAGUUUUUAGAAAGCAUUCCUGCUGCUGUGUACAAGUCAAUAUCAGAUGGUUUAAUAUUAACUGACUGCAUAUAAAAAGGUUUCUUAUUACCAAAGUAUUGCACAGAGUGGUAUGAUUGGUAAACACAGAUAGACUUUUAAUAAAAAGUCUUACUGUUGCUAAACAAACUCAUGGCAAUACUUACAGCUACAUUUUCAAAUCAGUUUAUUGUGACUUGGAAGGAAUCUUAUUUGACCAUAAAAUCAGCCAGGAACCCCUUGUAAGAUUCUGGAAAUGGAAGGUACUGUUCCCAUGGAAACAAUAAGCAAUGCUUUCAAUAGCAAUGGCCUCUAUGCACACCCACUGCACAAGACUCCACUCCUGAAGAAAAGCAUGUUGAAACUUGUUUAAAGUUUGCUGCAGAGGAUUUGGACAAGCCUGUGAAAAACUGAGAGACUAUAGUCUGGUCAAAUGACGCCAAAGCUAAGCUCUUUGGAUGUCAUUGCUCACAUCCUGUUUGGAGGAAGAAUGGUUAGGCACAUCACCCUGAAAACACCAUGCAAAAGGUGAAGCUUGCAGGUGGGAACAUCAUGAUGUGGGUUAUACUGCAUAUGGUACUGACAGAUUUCAUAUAACUGAAGGACGGGUGGGGAGAUGUACCAGGACAUUCUUGAUAAGAAUCUGAGAAUUGUGUGGAUUUCCAAGCAAGUCCCAAACUCUUAAUUGGUUUUAGAGAAGGUAAAACUGCUAGAAUUGCCCAGUCAAUCACUUGACUUAAAUGAAAAUCUAUGGUAUAGAACUGAACUACAGAGCGCAAUUAAAUGGCCCCCAGAAGAGUAGGCUUGUCUGGAAGAGUAGCAAAAAACACACCUAAGCAAUGCAUAAGACAAGUUUCUCUUUAUAGGAAAUAUCUUGAAGUUGUCAUUACCAAAAAAAUAUUUUCCACGAGGUAUUUAGGACAUUUUUAUGUGUUCAAAACUUAGUCUCUGUCAUUCCAUUAUUUUAUCCCAAGUUCAUUGCUGGAUUAAUUUGCUUAGAUUUUUUUUUUUUUUUGUAUGAGUGGAUUGAUUGGGUUGUUGCUGACAUUGGUAUUAAUUUAGUCAAUGUCCCAACUAAAAACAUUCAACAGAAAAAUGUUGACCAGUUCAAUACUUAUUUUAUUCGCAUUAUUUUAAUCCAGGGCAGGCAUAGUUAAUUUUUCUUUGUUUAUUGGAAUAAGUAUAUAGGUGAUUUGUCCUGCGUCAGCUGAUCCCAGCCAUAACCCAAUGGCACUGUACAAAUGCUGCAUCUGUCAUCUCAUCAGCUUUUACAGAAGGCUAGCUUUGAACAUUUGCAGAAUUAAUCAAACUUUAUUUGUAGAGCACUUUUCAUACAGCAAAGUGUUUUACAGACAGACAUAAAAACACUGGAGACACAUUAAAAACAAGCUAAUCAGAUAGACACGAUAAUAAUAGUAAGAUCAAGAAUUAAGAGAUAAAACAAUAAAUUAUAAGGAUAAGGAAUUGUGUAAAAGCAAUGCUGUAGAUUAGCUAGAAAACAGAAAUUUAUAAAAGCAUUAAAAUUGUAACAUAAAAAAACAUUCAUUCUAAAAUAAAAGUUGGUAUGGCCUGUACGAGAGAAUCAAAUCUGAUAAAUAGUCUGGGUUAGGACAACUCCUGGUUUACAUACCACUAAGAGCAGCUUAAGAGCAAUUCUAAAAUGCACAAGUAAUCAAUGCAAUGACUUUAAAGUUGGUGUGAUCUCACCUCCAGGUCUUUGACCAGUGUUCUUUCAGCUGAGUGAAAUGGUUAUUUUAGGAGGAUCAGAAAGCAGAGCACUAGGUUGGAGUCUGGCAAUGUUCUUUGGAUGAAAACAUUUAUUUUUGGGUAACAUUUUAAUGUGGUCUGUGAAGCCAAAGUUCAAAUCAAAUAUGACAGGUUUUUCCAUUUUGUCUUGAUUUAGCUGAAGUAUAUUUUCUGCCACAAACUGCAUCAAUGGGUCCGGAGUCACCAGGAGACAGUCAUAUAUAGAGCUGUGUGUCAUCAGCGUAGCUAUGAAAGUUAAUGCCAUGUGUCCUGAUCACACCACCCAACAGUAGCAUAGAAAGAUCAGAAAGACUGGCAAUCUAAAAUUGAGCCUUGUGGAACACUGUAGUUUAAAAUUCUGAUGAACAGUUUUGUAUUUUUACUGAUGUGUAAGUUGAACCCUUAAGUACAAUUUCUCUGCAAUGAUUGGAUAUAAAACCAGACAGGUUUUUUCCUGGAAUGCAGUUAGAGUUUAGUUCAUUCAGAUCAGGCUUCUCUAAAUUUUCACUUGAAAACAACAGGUUAGAAAUUGGUCUAAAAUGAUUAAGCAUGGUUUGUUCUCUUCACAUGAGGCUUAACAGCAACAGUCAGGAAACGGUCAUCUGAGGAGAAUGGUUGACAUCAUUAUUAGAAUCUUCAUAAUUUGAAGAGUUGAUUACAUUUUUAGAAAGGUGGUUAAUUGGGUCUCUUUAACCAACAAUGACUCGGAGGUAAUAAUACUUUUAUGUUAGGAAUGCGAUAAUUUUUAUCUUAGAUUUUUAUAUUACCUGUGAAGUGGGCUACAAAGUGUUCACACUUUGAGAUCCUGAACAUACUAGUAGAGCUGCUUUGGUUAGUCUGUCAAAAAAUGGGUUCUUUAAUUGUUUUUAUUAUCAGAUAUUACUUUUCAGACAUAUGAAUACCUCACCUGCUUGAGUAAAUGAUCCGAUUAUGACAAUUUGGGUGUUUUUUUUUCCUCCAUUUUCUUUUUGAUUUUCACAAUUGGAUAUUUCUUUUUUAUAUUUCUGGGUUAACUGUUGAAUUUUUCCAACAUUGAUACGUGAAAUAUUGAUAUUUAAAUGAUGCUCUGACAAAGUAGUUGUGACUCGUAGUAUUGACCAAAUUGAAACCAAAUGUUUCCUGGCCUCAGCUUCUUGAAGUAUCAUAGCUGCUGCUCUUUGUAGACCUGUUUAUCUGACUCCUUCAGUGUUGCAGCUCUUAUCUCACUUUUUGGGUUGCAGCUGAUUUCUGUGACAGAGCUCUUAGACUCUGCAAUAGAAAGACAGCAUCACUGCACAGUUAGACAGUGUGUUCAGGAGUUGGUUUUAAUUAGACCAUGACAUUCACAGCAGUCUGAACAGCAGUGUUGCUUUUCCUCUGCGGGAUUAAAUCCGGGCUGUUUGCUGUUGUGUUUAGUUUAAGUUAAAUAUAUUAUAAACUUCACUGUUAUUGAAACUCUUUUUCUUUGUUUCUACAAACAGUACAGGGUGUUGACAGUUUUGGAAGAGCUUUUGCAGCAGUUUUUAUUUUUGUUGGAACUGUACUAACCUACUUAUUGCACAUGUUUAUGUGAUAUAUGAUUUAUGUUAUAUUUUACCAGUAAUGAUGCAAAAGGGAAUUUGUCAAAAUGUAGGAUCUCGGUGUAUAUCUGUUAACUUUUAAUAAACUUCCUGUUAAUUUUA